CGCGAUAUCUUACGGUAAGAUACACUUUGCUAACCCACGGAUGGUCCGAUCUGGGUUUCCCGACGCGCUAUGGAACUGUCUUGGGUGGUAUGGGUUCCAUUGUCUUGGAGGGUGAGGGGAAUACUCCGUAUACUCUGUAAUGAUAGCGAUAAUUAUGAAAACAAAUUCACGCGCACACCCACAGAGAGAGACAUCAGGAGAAAGGCAGCGCGUGGGAUGCAAAAAAGGCAAACCGGCCGCAUCCUCCCCCUCAAUGGAGGGAAUCUACUCCCUGCGCUCUUCAAUGCCUGCCAUCGAAAUCCUUUUCAUCCUUCCCCCUUUUCUUCCUUUCUCCCUCUCGCUCUCACUCUCACCAAAUUGAUUGCUGGCAUUCUCCACAUCCACAGUAACCUCGCCAGCACGCCUGAUCUCGGCUACACUAUUCCUACGGAGGUCCAUCUUCCCUCCCCGCAAUUGAGCCUCCAUCCCCGGAAAGCUGGCCUCCUUUCGCUCGGGGAUCGGCAGAUUCCUGGUUCAUGUAAUAUGGAUUGGCGGCUGUCUUUUCCUAGACCAUGUUCCCAGCUCGGUUACUGAAUAUUGAGCAGGUACUCUCUUUCCCGAUGGAGAGAGCCAUUGAAUGGCUGUAUUCUCCACCCGCUGUGCUCACUGC